ACAAAUAGUGAUUUUAAUUUUCUAUUAGAAAAUAUCCAACCACAUUUAAUCAGUACUAAUAGUAUUGUACACUAUGGUUAGGUACCUACUACAAAAGUGAUUCCAUUCUUGAUUUAAAUGUACCUAAUAUAAUAUAAUAACUAUACUUUUAUUUUUAUUUAAUAUUUUGUGAGAAUAAUCAAUCCUCCAGUCUCAUUUACUGGAACCAUUAAUCUAAAUAAAUUAUUUUCUGUAAUUUUGUGAGGAAACCUUGUAGUGUAAACUUCUAUAAAAUGGGUUAUAUACAUACAAACGAUGAAACAAAACCAUUGUUUAAAAAAAGGAAUAUAUUUUUAAAAUGGAACCAAAAAUUGUUUAAGUGGCCUUUCACCUUAAUUUUAUUCAUCAUUUUGUUACUGUGUGCUGUUUAUAUUUUUCGCAUUUUUACUAACGAUGACAUACAAUCAGAAUCUAGCGAUGGCCUAAAAAAAAAAAAUGCAUUAUAUAUCACGAGUAUUGCAACCACAAAUGGUGAAUUUUUAAAGAAAUGUGCUCCUAUAGUGAAUUGUGAUCCAAAUGCCAAGUACAGAAGUAUAAACGGAUCUUGUAAUAAUUUGAAGACGCAUACAUGGGGUGCAGCAGAAACGCCAUUUUUUCGAUUACUUGAUGCUAAUUUUAGUGAUGGUUAUUACGAAUUACGAGUACAGACAAACGGUAGUGCAUUACCUUACCCAAGAGUGCUUGAUAAUAAUAUAUUUAUGAACCGUGAAAUUUAUAGAGUUGAUGAAAAUAAUGUACUUUUAUUGCCAUUUGGGCAAUUAUUAGCCCAUGACAUAUCGGGUUUGCCAAAUGAUUUAGUAUCAGAUGAGAAUGGCAAUGCAAUAGAUUGUUGUUUGACUGAAAAUAAAAUUAAAAAAUAUACUCAAUGUCAAAUAGUGCUUGUAAAUUUACCCGACGAUCCUGUUUAUGGUGUGUACAAUAAAACUUGUACACCUAUAUUCCGAUCACUGACAUCAAGAAAUUACAGUUGUCCGUUAUAUCCUACAACAUUUAUAAAUGAUAAUUCUCAUUUUAUCGACGCAUCUGAAGUGUACGGAUCUAAUGAAAAUUAUGCAAAACAUCUUAGAGUUAUGGAGGGUGGAAGACUCAAAUUUUCUGUAAGCAACAACGGCCAAAUGUUCUGUCCGUUUCUAACCAAUCAAAACAAGGAAUCAACCAGAAAUAAUAAUAUCCAUAUUGAAUAUGAUACAGGGGAUCCAAGCAAUGGAAAUCAAAAUUUAGGAAUAACUGCUAUGCAAACCUUAUUUUUAAGGUUUCACAAUUACAUCGCUUUUAAGCUUUCGUCUUUAAAUCCAUUUUGGUCUGAUGAAAUUAUUUAUCAAGAAUCACGAAAGAUAGUCAUUGGAACUAUUCAACGUAUCGCGUAUGAAGAUUUUUUGCCGAUUAUUAUUGGAGAUGAUUUUCAAGAAAUAUAUGGAUUAAACGAAGCAAAUAUUUAUGAUCCUACCAUAAAUCCAUCUACAUCCCUUGAAUUCUCAAGUGCCGCAAGUCGAGUCCUUCACGCAAUUAUACCAGUUGAGUUCAAUUUCAUGAACAAAGACUAUGAAAUAGAAAAUUCAAUAAAAAUUACGGAUUGGACGACAAAAUCAGACUUAAUACCUUUAAGUGAUAAUUUUGAUAAAUUAUUAAAAGGUUUUAUAGAGACUCCUGGUCGAAUGGUUCAACCUUCAUAUAAUUUUUAUAUAUCUAAUUAUAUGUUUCCUGUGCCAAACAACCCUCAAUACACUGGUCGUGAUCUUCUUGCAAUAGAUAUUGCAAGGGGACGCGAUGUGGGACUUCAGCCAUACAAUAAAAUCAGACAUUUUUGUGGAUAUCCGUUGGCUAAAAAUUUUGAAGACUUGGUGGAUCUUAUACAUAUUAAAGACAUUAUCAAAUUAAAAAAUAAUUAUUAUUCGGUUAAUGAUAUCGACUUAAUGGUGGGUAUUUUGUUGGAAAAACACAGUGACGGUGCAAUAGUGGGUCCAACAGCGCGAUGUAUAAUUGCCGAUGCUUUUUAUCGAUACAAAGUUGGUGAUCGCUUUUUUUACGAUGUACAAGGACAGCCUGGUAGCUUCACAGAAGAUCAACUGAAAAUGAUUAAGAAAAUUACUCUUGGUCAUGUUAUAUGUGCAACUACAAAUGUAGACCAUGUUCAAAAAGAUAUUUUUAAAACAAUCGAUCACAAUUUAUUUCCAACUUUUAAAAUGAAAUGUGAUGAUGAAUUUGAUUUAAACUUUAAAGCCUGGAAAAAAGUAAACGAUCAUACAGAGCUGUGAAGUAAUUGAAGCAUAAUUAAGAUAAAUAUUUAUUGUGCAUAAUAUAAUACAAUUUGUUAUGUUUAGCCUAUUAGUCAUUAGAUAUUAGAAUUUACUCACGCAAUUUGGAUAUAGGUACAUAGUAUUUUAAAUAUCAUUGAUAUUGAGUUAUGUAUAUAAACAUAUAAAUGUGUAGAAGGCCGGUCCAAUGUGGUAGCAAAACCUAGGCAGCCACCUAGGCGGAACUACUUUAGGGGCUGUAAAUUUCAAAUGAACAAAAUCGUUUUUUAAUUAUUAUAUUAUCUAGUAUACAGAAAAUGUUAAAAUUGCCUAAGGCGACGGAAAACCUAAGACCGGCCCUAUAUAAAAAUGUAUAUGAUUCAUAUUGGCUAGGUAUUAAGUAUUACUACCUACAUAUUUUUUGUAUGCAUUUUAUUACAAUACUAUACAUAUUAUUUAUUAUUAUUUUAAUUAUAAUUUUUUUAACCGGGACGGAAUCAGUAUAAAAAAAAGAUUCUCGAGACGGACCUCGGAAGCAGCCCCAACGGCAGCCGGCAUUGGUCAUUUUGGUCUACACUAUUAUUUAUUGUGUAGGUAUGGUUAAAACUUAAAAAUGUUGAUGCUUAUGUUUAAAUAUAGUGGUUAAACUUGUGUUAAAAUAUAAUAUAAUAUGUAAAAUACUGUUUAAUAAUAAUUAUUAUUAUCACUUGUGUCAAAAUAUAGUGUAAUAUGUAUAAUAAUAAUAAAUAUUUUUAAAAUUUUA